AACUGCCAUAUAAAUGUGUUAGGCCUAUCUAUCCGUUCUACUUGAUUCUGGUUUUCCUUUACAGCAGGGCUAAAUACCUUUGUCUGAAUUAAAGAUGUAUUCAGCCUGUUCUUAACAAUGAAACGUGUACGCUACUAGAACUAAAUACAAAACUAGAUCUAUAUGAAUGAAGUCUUUCAGUACAUUUCUGUUCCGAUGCAGUUCUAACGAUCGAAUGGUUUCUACUAGCCUAGACUGAUUCUGGUACAGCUGUUACGUUACAGGUCAAAGUUCAUACAAUUAACCUACAUACAUCCGUUCUUCCAUGUGUUCUUAUGUCAUAUCUUAUUUGAUGUAAUAUUUAGUCAAGACAUUCAACCCUGUGGCAAUCAAAAUAGGGGAGGCAACCAAAAAUAUUAAUACGAGAACGUGGGCAUUAAUUGAACUAUGACACUUAAACCAGACUAAGAACUAAGCUUCAACAACAGGCCAAAAACAUUACAAUGGUCGCUUGGUCCAGUCUUAGUGACCACUGGCUCGCUGUGGUCGGGGUCACUGCAACAGCUGUGCUGGUAACAUCUGUCAUACUUUUCGCAAGGAAAAAGGAUGCAUACGUUUUUGUGGGUCAUGUUUCGGGUCUCAACAGUUACCCGAUCAAAUCCUGCGCGGGAAUAGCCGCAAGUGAGGCAGUCUGCACACCGGAAGGUCUGCUAGUUUCUGGUGUACUCGAUAGACAUUUUGUGAUCGUACGAUCCAAUGGGGAUUUUAUAACACAACGUCAGGUGACAAAGAUGGGCAGCGUGAGAACCUCUGUAGAGAAUGACGAACUUGUUCUAGAAGCUGAAGGCAUGUCAAAGUUGAAAGUAGCCUCACAUCCACAGCUGGAUAGAAGUAAAGUUACGUCUUGCAGAGUUUGGGACAGUCAAUUAGAGGCCCUAAACUGUGGCAGUGAAGCUAGUCAAUGGUUAAGUAACUAUUUAGAAGAAGAAGGACUGAAACUGUUAGUUCUUAUAUCAGGCCUGAAAUUAAGAAAUACCAGAUGUGUCAAGGCUAAACCCCAGGAUAAGGUAGCCUUUCCAGACAGAGCGCCAUACUUAAUCGCUACUGAAGAGUCGCUUGCAGAUUUGAAUGCUCGCAUUGGCCAGGUACCAGACGGGCCAAUAACCAUGAACAACUUCCGGCCAACAAUCAUCAUCAAAGGUACUGAAAAGCCCUGGGAUGAGGACAAUUGGCAACGACUCAAGAUAGGCCAGAAUGUUUACAUGCGUGUCCUUGAACCCUGUGGAAGAUGUACCUUGACGAUUGUUGAUCCAGUUAAAUGGAAGAAGAGAGAAGAUGGAGAACCUUUAACCACACUUAAAAAAUUUCGAUUGUUUCCAAAGGUCCACGCCACUGCGCCAUUAUUUGCUGUGUAUGCUGCACUAGAUAAAACAUUUGGCUCCAUUAAAGUGGGUGACCCUGUGUACGCACUUAAAGGUCAAGGGUUAAACUUUCGAAUCGGACCUGGGGUGUAAAUAUAGUAAAUCUAGUCGGCUCUCAUUGUUUGCCAGUGUUUGUUUUUUCUGUCUUUCAGGAGUAUAAUACAUUUAAAAAAAAGAAAG